CCAUUUUUACAGAGCUCUAUGUGCCCUGACUGUCUGUUCAGUUAUGGCUGUAGAGUGCUUUCUAUGUACCUACUGUGCAAUAAGUGUAACCCCUGUACCUGGCCUCCAUGUGCAUUGGUGUCAUGAAACUGUGUAUGAAAAAUCACAGAUAUUGCCAUUAAGCAAAUACAACCAGGCCUCUCACCUCAGUCCCACAAACGUCUUACCUGUCCUUCAGUUACAGUCUUAUAUUUUUCUAAUUGGUAGUCCAGGCUUGCCCCAGUCACAUUUUCAGACUGUUGCCAGAGCAGCUGAGUCAUAGGCACUGACUUUUAUUUUUGCUGAGGGAGGCCUAAGAUUAGCAAAGCCAAGCCAAGUGGAGCCCAUGGUGGGGUGGGGGUGGAUGUGGGCUGAAAACCCGGGUCCCUCCACAAUACUGCAAAUCCAGGACAAAUGCUGUCCUGGAAUCAUGCAGCCUGGAACUGGGACUUGAUGUUACCAUUUCAGGACUGCAUCUUCCUGAGGAGGGCUUACUGAUAGUUUUGGCUCCACCUAAUACCCUACCUGGUCUCUCCUCUUUCAUUUGCCUGUGACCAGGGAGCCAGCGAACAGGGACUGGCAACAGGACAGCAGUUUGCAUGCAGUUCAUAGGCCAGUCGUGGGCAGGAAUACAAGGUAUUCAGGACAAGACUCCUGGCAAAGAAGCUGCGAGGGAAUGCCCCGAUGCAGAUGCUGGAGAGUGGAGGAUGGUCAUCUCAGGGGCCAGACCUCUCGCCACAGAGACAGCUCCCUCGGUGCAGUUGGGGAACAAAUAUGAGGCCCUGGCUCCAUUGGAGGAGUGUGCAGUGGGGGGAAGUGCACUGGAGGGGCCUGCCGCCAUCAUUGAGCAAGCUGAGCACCGGCCAGGUAAGCAGCAGAAGAGACGCCUCAUCAUCAUUGUGGGCAACCCCUUGCUGAGAGGAACAGAGGGAUCCAUCUGUCAUUUGGAUCCUAUGGCACAUGAAGUCUGCUGCCUGCCCAGAGCCAGGAUCAGAGAUGGCACUAUGAGAAUUCCUGAUCUCAUCCAGCCCUCCGACAAUUAUCCCAUAGUCCUCAUCCAUGUGGGAACAAAUGAUGCAGCCAGGAGUAGUCCAGAUCGUAUCAUAAGUGACUACAAGGCUCUUGGGACCAGGCUUAGGAAGACGGGGGAGCAGGUGGUCUUCUUGUCAAUCCUCCUGGUCAGCGGUCACAGUAGGCAUCACGUCACCAGUGUCAGGGAAGUCAACCCGCGGCUUUGGAGUUGGUGCCAUCGUGCAGGUUUUGGCUUCCUGAACCAUGAUCUGCACUUCCACGCAAGAGACCUCCUGGGACGCAAUGAGCUUCAUUUCUCCAUAAAAGGUAAGAGUCUCUUUUCUUACAGGUUGGCUGACCUCCUAUGUUGGGCUUUAAACUAAGUACAACAGGGGAUGGGGAGGCAGGAGAUGGAGAGAGUCUAGAACCUACAGACUGCAAGACAUGCAGCAGUACACCCCAGGUAAGUACCAAGGGGUCCUUUGAGCAUCAGAAUGGGGGGAGCAGCAAAGGCACCAUUCGGAGGCCUCAAGUGCCUCUAUGCUAAUGUUAGGAGCAUGGGAAACAAGCAGGAAGAACUUGCACUUCUGCUUGAAGAUAAUAACUUCAAUUUAGUGGGGCUAAUGGAAACCUAGUAGGACCCUACCCAUGACUGGGCAGUACACAUUGAGGGCUACAGGUUGUACAGAAGGGACAGACUAGGGAG